UUAGCCACUCCAAGACUUUUCACAUCUCCCUUGGGGGGUGGAGACAAAAUUGUCCAUUCCCUACAACUCAUCUCCUUCCACCUCUGUCUAUUUUCAACAACAUGAAUUGAACAAGUCAUUGUACAUUAAAAACAAUAAUUGAUUGCUGUUGUUCAUUCGUAGGAAUGGUUUGUUGUUUCUUUUGUGCAUAAGAAGCUUCCUUUUCCUCUAUAGUCGUUUUCAUACAAAUCUGAUUUCCAUGCAACCAAUUUGAAAGCAUUCCCAUUAUUUCCUCUCUGUUUCUUGAUUUUCCGACAAAGAGGCCGGAGAGAUAUGGCGGGUGGGUCGCCGGAAAAAAUGGCGGGUUGCGGCCUAUUUAAUGCGGUUUUCGGCCGCCGGAGCGUUCCCCGGAGAUCAACCUCCACCGGCUCACUCCCCGUCGAUAAGGACCACCACCAUUGCCCCACCAAUCUCGCCAGAGCUCCGAGCACCCCGAGCCUUGCCCGUUUCCGGGGAAGCUCCGACGAGCGGUCCAUAUUGGAAAUCGCCACCCCGGACGGCGAGUUUCCGGUGAAAAAUCCCCGUCCUGCCCCUAGGGCGUCACAGAACCAGAAAACACAACAACAAAGAGGUCACAACAAUGGCAAUAAGAAUAAUCCGGGAAGAAAGGCGGCCGAGGAAAUCUCCGACGAGCUGGAAACCAUGCUUGCCGAUCACCAAGGAACAAAGGGCGAAACCAAAUUGCUCCGAGCCUCGUCCAACAACUUCAUGCUGUAUGGAAAUCUGGGCAAUUUACGACAACCUGGGAACAACAAUAAUCCGGUCGAAAACGUCGUUGAUCAUCUCCCAAGAACCGCCAAGGAAGAACAACAAAAAACUCGGAACGGGAAAUACGCGACAAGCGUGAUGGGAAACGUGGUGAAAAUGAACGGAGAGAAGGCUGCGGCUGAGCCGUCUCUGUGCAGAGCCAUUUCGACGAGAAUGGAUCCUGAGCAGUUGAAGAUUUUGGGCAAUGAAGAUUACAAGAACGGAAGAUUCGCAGAAGCUUUGGCUUUGUACGAUGCCGCCAUCUCCAUUGAUCCAAACAAGGCCUCUUAUCGCAGCAACAAAAGCGCUGCACUUUCCGCUCUGGGAAGGCUUCUUGAAGCUGUUUUUGAAUGCAGAGAAGCCAUUCGCAUUGAACCCUCUUAUCACAGAGCUCACAACCGUCUCGCAACUCUUUAUGUCAGGUUAGGAGAGGCAGAAAAGGCUAUGUAUCAUUAUAAACAAGCAGGGCAUGAAGCUGAUCCUGAUGUUAUAACCAAAGCAAAAAAUCUUCAACUUCAUCUCAAUCGGUGCACUGAGGCCAAAAAGCACAGAGAUUGGAACACACUCUUGAAAGAAUCCGACCUGGCCAUAUCGGCUGGGGCGGAUUCUGCACCACAGAUAUUUGGUUUGAAAGCGGAGUCAUUGAUGAAGCUGCAUAGGUUCGAGGAAGCCGAUGAAGCCAUGAAAAAAGGUCCGAAUUUUGACGUUGAUGAAUGCACAAAAUUUCUGGGGCCGAUUGGGAAUGCGAGUUUGCUAAUCGUACAAGCUCAAGUCGACAUGGGCGCCGGCAGGGUGGAGGAGGCGGCGGCGGCGGCGCAGAGAGCGAGCCAGCUGGACGCGAACAGCAAGGAGGUGGGCACGGUGGCGCGUAGAACACGGGCCGUGGCGGCGGCUAGAUUAAACGGUAAUGAAUUGUUUAAGGCGGGAAGGUUUUCAGAGGCGAGUGUGGCUUAUGGAGAAGGACUGGAACAUGAUCCCUAUAAUGCCGUCUUGUUGUGCAACCGCGCUGCCUGCCGGACGAAAUUGGGACAGUACGAGAAAGCGUUGGAGGAUUGCAACGCCGCCGUCAACCUCCGGCCGUCGUUCACCAAGGCUAGGUUAAGGAGAUCCGACUGUCUCUUUAAGAUGGGAAAAUGGGAAGCAUGCAUGCAAGAAUGCGAGGUGUUGAUGAAAGAGACACCAGACAAUGAAGAGAUUGGGAAGAUGAUGAAGGAAGCUCAGCUUCUGCUUAGAAAACACCAUGAAAAUGGUAGCAGAGAGGGCGAGAGAUCUAAGUGUUGAAGAAGACUGGAAGUUCGUUGUUGAUUCUUGCAGGGAAAAGGACAAACUGGAGCAGAAAGAUGGGGACGACGACAGAGGAAUAAGAAUGGAUUCCUGGAAUGGAAUGAAGCAGUAAUCAAGAAUUGCAGUGUCAUUGUUCAUGUUGUGGUGCUUCAUUUUCUUAGAUUGAGAUGGUUUGGCUAAAUCCCAGGGGAGGUUUAGUGAUGAGUUCUUGUUUGUAUUGGAUGAUUUGUUAAACAAAUUUUGUGGUGAAUAUGAAUUUAAAUUAACCAAAUUAUAUAAUACAAUAUCAUUUUUGGUAAACAUA